GCCUCUCGGUUGACUCAGACUUGGUUUGCGCCGGACUGGAUUGCGGUCUCUGCUGACUUGUUUGUUCAGCACUGCGGUUUCCAGCUUAUCUCUUCUGAGCCAGUGUCCGUAUCUAUCACUGUCUAUCACUCAUAGUGCACAGAAGGGUGAUAUGAGAGACUAGUUAACUGCACUCGAGCCUCGAUCCACCUCCUCAUCUGCUGCCCGUCUCUUUGCACCUGCAUGGGCGAUGGACUCGUUUAAUCUGGGGACACUUCUACUUUGUUUUUUCUUGCGCUGGAUAGAUGGUGCAGAUGCUGAUUCACACUGGACAUAUAAAGAUAUGGCCCAGUGGUCAAAGUCCUUCCCCGACUGCGGGGGGGUCUGGCAGUCCCCCAUCGAUGUGGAGACCUCCGCCCUGCAUCACGACCCCUCGCUGAUGCCCGUCAAAGUUGUGGGUUACCAUAAGCCCGGCCACGAUCCCUUCACCCUGUCCAACAAUGGACACACAGUGAAGAUGUCCUUGCCCGCCUGGCAACUGGGGGGGCUGCCCUGGAAGUUCACAGCUGUGCAGCUGCACUUCCACUGUGGUAGGGACUGGGAUGGCAGCGGGGGCCUGGCCGGGGGCAGCGAGCACACCGUGGAUGGCCGUCGAUCCGCUGCUGAGCUCCAUGUGGUCCACUACAAUUCAGAUCUCUACCCCAACGUGUCUGUGGCCCAAAGCCAGCGAGACGGCCUGGCGGUUUUGGGAGUGCUGAUCGAGACAGGUGAUGACAAUAACUCUGCGUAUGAGAACAUCUUUAAGUACUUGGAAUUCAUCAAAUAUGCAGGACAGCAAAUGCCUAUCCCCUCCUUCAAUGUCCGCUCCCUGCUCCCCACUGACCUGGGCAGAUACUUCCGGUACAAUGGCUCGCUCACCACGCCGCCCUGCUACCAGAGUGUGCUGUGGACAGUUUUUGCGGAGAAGGUUACUGUGUCUCGCACGCAGGUGAGAACAUAA